AUGAAGAGCAUUUUCGUUUGGGCCUGCCUGAUAACUGUUCUUUUUCAGCCUGGUGUGUCAGAUAUAUACUUGCAUUGUCCACCAGGAUCCAACAAUCGACUGAGCGGUGAAGGUGCAGCAGUCACGAAUGCCAACAGACUGUUUGAUUCACAGGUAGAUGGAACUGCAGUGUUUAUCCUCAUGAUGCUGCGAAUAACUUGAAGCGAUUUCUUAUUACUCACCCUCCGCGCUGAGGGUCACUCAUCCUCUAACAGGCAAUUUAUGUACGGUUUCGCUGGUUUGCCUCUCCCUUUGAUGCCAUGUAAUAGCAGUACCUAAACAGGAUGUGGUUGACACAUUCUCACCAUUCGCCCCUAGAAAUACCUCUAAAAUUCCUUAUAUUCGGCUACAAAAAAAUCCCUUCAAUGCCGUCCCGACAUCAUGAUUACAAAAUUACGCAGUCACACCCUAUUUAUUGUUUCUCAGAGAAAUUUAUAAGUUUGGCAUGCCUAUAAUAUUUAGAAUCACGUUUACGGCAAACAGCAAACCUUAAUUGUACCACGUGACCAAGUUUUUCCUUAACUUGUGCUUUACUGUUCAUUACUUCUACCCCUACAUUAGUAGCUUCACGUUGCGUUUGUCUAUAACAAUUGUUUUUAACUGGCUUUAGCUGCACGUUUUCUAUUUUGAGAAAUUCUCAAUGAACUUGAAUCUGACGUUUGCCGUUUGCCGUAAACGUCACUCUAAAUCUCUCAAAUAGCAAGGGCUAAACUAUGGCGGGACAUGUUUACGGAGCGAAUUACAAUAGUGAAAGAAGAAAAAGAAAAAUUAUAGAGCCGGGAAAUUUUUAGAGAAAACAAAACCAAUGUAAUGACUUUACCUAAACAUUGAACAAUGAUGUAAAUCUUAUCAUUUUCAUUUCCUUUACGUAGAAUAAUGGCAACGCUGGAUACAACGUUGGGGACAAGCUGGGUAGUAAGAAAACCCCCCUUCCAGAGACUGAUCAACUACCACAG